UGUGAUUAUAAACAAUCCGAGGAAUUACACUACCUUGGAAUGGAUGAAUUAAACUCGGCUAUCUAUGGCUUGGAGUUUCAGGCUCGAGCACUGGCUGCGCAACAGGCUGAGAGCAACGAAAUUCGCUUUUUCAUUGCCACGCAAUCGCUCAAGCCAAACAACCAAAUUCACUUAAUUGAAUUCAACGAGGAAACUUCAGCUUUAAGUGCUAAGAUUUUCGCCCAUCAUAUGGGAGAGGUGUGGAAGCUGAACAGCAGCCCACAUGAUUCCCGAACCCUCCUGUCUUGCUUCAGUACAUUCAAAGGCACUCAACUAACCACUCAGACGGCAAUCCUCAACAUUCCUGAAUCUCUUGAUGAACAGCAAAACGUGUCGGAUUUUCUCCAAUUCGACAACAUUGAAAUUCUGCCGACAGAGGAAUACGGAGCUGAAGUCCGCACUACAGAGUUCCACCCAACCGACAGUCGAGUCCUCGCAACAGUUGUCGACGGGAAGAUUAUUCUCUCCAAUCGAACUGAGUCUCAAACGCGAGUUGCUGCCGAGAUCAGUGCAAAGAACACCCCAAAAUUUUCUACGGGAAAAUGGUCGCAACACUACCAAGGCAACAAUUUUAUUGCCCUUCAAGAUUGCAAUGUUCGUUCGUUCGAUAUAAGGGACUCAAACCACUGCGCCUGGAUGAUUGAGGACGCACAUGGGCAAAUGGUGCGUGAUUUAGAUUGUAAUCCGAAUAAACAAUGUCAUAUUGUAACCGGAGGGGAUGACGGUUGCAUAAAAGUUUGGGACUGUCGAUCAACGAAGCAACCAGUGUUCUGUAGAAGUGACCACUCACACUGGGUGUGGAGCGUUCGCUUUAAUACAUUCCAUGACCAAUUGAUUCUAUCAAGUAGCAGCGAUUGUAAGGUUUUGCUGACUUGUGCUGGGAGUGUGAGCUCUGAAACAGUCGAAGAAGAUGCUGAGCAAAAGAAAAGAAUUCCAGAUGGACUUUUGCAGACAUUCGAUCAGCACGAAGACUCGGUUUAUUGUGUCGAAUGGAGCAGUGUGGACCCUUGGAUAUUUGCAUCUUUGAGCUAUGAUGGAAGAGUGAUUGUAUCUAAGGUUCCAAAACAAUAUAAAUAUCAAAUAUUAUUCUAGUUGUAUAAAAUAUCUUGAACUUUUUGUCUUGGAGUUCAAUAAAUUAUUUUGAAUGUA